AUGGCCACAAAGAAGAUCUUUGGCUUCGUGCUUAUGGUCAUGUUUCUCUUGGGUUCCAGCUCCGCUAAAAUCUACAAAGUUGGAGGUUCCAAUUAUGGCUGGACGGUAAAGGACGACUCUUGGGCUGAACAUAAAGAAUUCCACGUUGGAGAUUCAGUAGUCUUCGAAUACGAUCAGAACGUCAACGACGUCACUCAAGUUUCUAACGCUUUAGAGUAUGAGUUAUGCGAUAAUUCUUCUCCUAAAGUUGUUUACAACACAGGACACGAUGUCGUAACCUUCACGGAACCAGGACAUCACUAUUUCAUCACCUCAAAUCAUAUUCAAUGCGUCUGGGGAAUGAAACUCGAUGUUCUUGUCGUCGAUGACUCGUCACGUCCGACUCCUCCUCCACCACCACCACCAUCGAGGAAGAUCAAUGGCCCAUCACGUCCGAUUCCUCCACCACCACCGAGCAAGAUACUUCCUUCUGCUGGAAGGAUUUACGAGGUCGGCGACUCAAGCGGAUGGAGCGUAUAUAACACUUUCUACUAUUCCAAGUGGAGUGAAGAUAAACAAUUUCGUGUUGGAGAUACCCUCUUUUUCGAAUACAACAAGCACAUCAACGACGUUAGAGAAAUCAGCGAUGAACUUGAGUUCGAAUCCUGUGAACCAACUUCUACUGUAGCCGUGUACAAGACAGGGCACGAUCUUGUUAAGCUCACCAAACCAGGAGUGCAUUAUUUUGUAAGCUUAAAGACUGGUCUCUGUCAAGCUGGGAUUAAACUUCGUGUAACGGUGCAACCAUCAACCGAAGACGUUACUUUGCCGAGUGUUCCCAAGAAGAAGAUGAAGUCGUCACCUAUUUACCACUUCAACAGGUGGUGGUUACGCAUUUUCAGACCUCAUCACUAA